AUGGAUGCGAUGGAUCGACCCUCUGGGCUGCCAUUAGGAGCAGCGACGCAGUCAACUGGGCGACCGCUGGCAGAAAGUGGCAUCUCACGGCCAUCUCCUCUUAAUACCGCGUGGAGAAUGCCGCUGGAGACGAUGCGCCAUGCUCCCUCGAGCUCUUCAAUGAACUCACAGAGUUUGAACCCCACCCCUGCUGCCGGCCAAGUCGUUCAACUUGCCCGAGAUGCGAUGAAAAGCGCCCUGGAAGAGAAUCGAACGAAAGCGGCAGAGGCCAGCGGUGUCAGCAAUGAGUUGAAGCAAGGCAUUACGAUCGACUUGAGCCACAAGCAAAUCAAGGUGUUCCCCGAUGAGGUAGUUGAUAUAAUCAAGAACGAACUCGAGAGGCUGGCCUUGUCUCACAACCAAAUCUCCACAUUCCCCUCCAGAUUCUCAGAAUGUACCUCCUUACGAUAUCUAAACGUUCGAAACAACCAGAUCCGCGAGUUCCCGCAAUCUAUAUGCCAAUUGACUUCUCUCGAGAUUCUAGAUCUGGGCCGCAAUAAGCUCAAAGUUUUACCACCGGAGCUGGUCAAAUUGAGCUCCCUCAAAGUCCUGUCCGUCCCCAGAAACCGAAUCGAAGCUCUCCCUCUAUGUCUCGCAGACAUGGCAUCUUUGCAAGUUCUCAAGCUUGAUGGCAAUCCCAUAACAUUUCCGCCCAAAGAGAUUCUUCAGCCUCAAGCACCUUCGCCCCCUAAUGCGGGCUUCCAGGAGAGCGAAAUAGCCUCACAAAUCAAGCGAUUCCUUAAGCAGGAGGCCAUGGCACACCGCUCCGAGACGGAAUCUGGAGGGGAAGAAUCAAGUGAAGGAACCGAGACUCCACGGCCGGUCAAACGCGUAAUGAGCGGCAGAUUUCCAAUCAAAGUAAACGGUGCGGAGGUGCCCGAUGUUCGUUCCCCUGCUCUUCCACGCGCUCCUCCGAUUCCGUCACGGUCUCAUUAUAGAGGUCUUUCACAACAAAAUGCAGCCCUUCGACGGCCUGGCGUACUGCCAUUGACGAUUGGGAGUAGCAACGAGCGCGUUCGCAGCAAUAGUGAGGGACUGGUACAGCCACCACGCUCAUCUGACCGGACCAGAAGAAUGGGGAUAGUCUCGAGGAAAGCAUCAGAAUUAGGAACGGUGGAUGAGACGAAACUAAACCGCUAUAGUCACUACCGGGGUCUAAGUCAUGGAUCCGCAAUGCAGGCUGGUACCAACGGUAUCACAGCCGCGACGAACUCAAGAAGCCCUGCUAGUCCAGCAGAUUCUGCUAGCCAGAGAGCUACUUAUGUGCGUCGCCUGUCCAGCCUUCCAGAGCGCAAGCGAGAAUCGAAUUCUCCAGACCCUGUCAUAGAAGGAGCAAAGGGUAUUCUGUAUGCUUUGUUCCAGGUUCAUCCACUUAUUCAAAACCUUCUCGGCUUGGCUCGGGAUGGGACGAACAAACGGACAAGUUUGGAGAGAGUAUUCUAUAAUGCAACGACGCAUGUAGAGGAGCUAGACCGACACGUACAAAGCUAUAUAUCCUACUCCGAUGAAGAUGAAGAGACCUCGCCCCGCUCAAACGAGAAUGUUCACAGUGCUUGCUUAACUAGUGUCCAAGCAUACAUACAUGUUUUGGGCCUGUUGUCGAGAAAUGUCGAAACUCUACUCGCCAACGGCGACCCCCGGUAUAUUCGUACACUUCUACUUCUCAUCUAUGGAAGUGCAGCGGAGGUAAGAAACGCUGGUGCCGACCUAUUCAGACAUGGUCGAAACAUAAAGCCCAGAAUACCAAUACCGGAAACUAUCAACGAGACUGUGAGGUACCAGCCGAGAGAUAAGUCUGUCACACCGACGCGAGAAAGGCCAGGCACGAUCUCGAGAUCUAGGAGUGGCACAGUUUUACAGCAGUCAAACACCUUACGAGUAGCAACUGAUACUCCACCCCCUCAAUUCCACCCUGGUGCAUUACGAUCUGCAACCAUGAUGAGUGCAACUCCGCGGUCUGGGGACUCGUUUGUCUCCAAUACAUCUAGUGGCAGAUUGGCCCCAGGCGAUUUCUCAGAAGAAGAUCGCCUAUUUGAGAAGAUAUUCUUGCUUCUUCAACAAUCUUCCGAGAUGGCAAUCAAAAUCCUUCCACUGGUCAGCAGUCACUUUAUCACUGCCAUGAGGACCAACAAUCAACAACCUAGCCCAGACAUGACUAGACAAUUCUGGCAGGUGUUGGUACAGAGGUGCGAGAUGGCACAACAAACCGCCGAUGCCCUCAAGACCCGCCUUUCUCAAAUUAAGCUGAAGGAGCCGGGAAUUCGGACCCAGGGUGCUUUCUGGGAGUUGUGUAGCGCAUUUGUGCAUUCAUAUACGGAUCUGGUGGUUAAAGUCAAAGAAGCCAAAAGCAUAUCCGCCCUUUUACCUCCUGAAGUGAUCGUCUUACUCCGGCCACUACAAAAGGUAAUAAAAAAUACCAGUCAACUCAUUCAGAGUUCGCCAUGGUCUUUCCUUGCCGGCCCACAAACUUCGAAUGGCGUCAAUGGCUCAUAUAGUACGCAAUCACCUGCGUCUCAGGUUCCUUUGCCAAUGACACCGCAAAGCGCCGCACUGGGUCCUGCGGUUCAAGCGACUGUUCCAUCAACACCACACAGUGCUUCAUACGAUCAAAUAUUUAAUGGAAAUGUGUUUGAAAGAGCAGGAACGUAUUUGGCAAAUAUGAGCAGCAGUUCGGUUGCAUCUUCACGGUCGGGAACGAUGAGCUCGACACUAGGUUCUAAUGAUGGGAUGAUGACGCCCGCGUCAAUAUUGAGUCCAAUGAACUCGAUGAGCUCGAUGAAUUCCUCGAGAUACAAUGGUAAUGGUAAUGGAAAGAUGGCAUUUUGA